AUGUACCAAAGAAACGACAUGAGGGAGGCCGGGGACGCGUUGCAGGGGAACAGGCGCCAGGAGUUCAGCGACCAGUCGCACUGCUACACGAACCCGUCCUUUUGCAGGCAGUCCGAGUACCUGCCCGAGGAUCCGGGGAACAACAGCGGGAGCAGCGAUUUGCCGCCACCGCCGCAGUUUCAGCUGGAAGAGCUCCCGCCACCUCCGGAAGUCCAGCAAUCGGAUUUUGGGCAGGUGAACCAAGCCUUCCACGGUAGCCCCGAGUCCGAGCUGAGCACCGGUCACCACCACCGGCGCACCGUGUCCAACCUGAACCACACGACGGCCGACCGGUACUGCUACAUCGACGAGAGCGCUGACCAACCCCCGCCCCCGCCCUCCACCUCGUCGGCGACCGUGUCGCACAAGCGCUACGGCUCGCUGCCCCUCGGGGGUGCCGACCGACGCCCCUACGCCUACAACCGCACGAACCGCUACGAGUACAUCCAGGACGACGUCCAGCUCCAGGUGCAAUGCCAGCCCCAGCAACCGGCCGUGAUGACCGCGGCCACCGCGAGCUCGAGGUACGAGUACAUAGAGAAACAGCAGGUCCAGCAGAGGGUCUGCCCGGCCCCACCCUCGCAACAGACACCGGUCAGAUCCGCGGCGAGGACGUACAGGAGCGCCAACACCCACUACACGUCUCUCGCCCCCGACGCCGAGGUCAACGACCCUUCGCACUGGAACGAGGACGACGCUCGGGACUGGGAUGUGCCGCAGAGGCGCCAAAUCAACACGCCCAACGGUCGUUACACGAGCAUACCGAUGCAGGAGGAGUACCCGCCGAGUUUACCGGAGCGCAACGGCGGGUCCCACGACGGGCAACAGCCGCGCAUCGCCAGCAUUGGCGGUAGUAACAACGCCCUGGCGACCCAAAAGCUGCACGAGAUCCUGACGACGCCGAGGAAGCCGAGGAAACGCUCCCAGAGCGAGGCCCUCUCCCCCAUUAAGACGCCCCAGCAGCAGGGCAUCGCACCGAUCCAUCGCGGGGGUUUCACUCCCGGGUGCUCGCCUUCUUCCACGGCUGGUCACCGAGCGAUGAACUCGCCGAUGCGUCCCCAGCCUCAUCACCACACAACGCCGCAGAGCCGAGCCCUGUCGCCGCGCAGCAAAGGCCCGACGACCUCGACCCCGAACAAGGAGCCGCCGUCCGCGCGACGCUGCUUGCCCCUCAACGAGCCCCUCAUCGCCCCGUCCCAGUCAUCGAUGCUCAGGCGCCAUCUCGAGGACAGCCAGGCCGCAGCUUACGGACGCUCGCCCCAAGCAACAAGCACCCAACAGCUCUCCAGGUACCAUCCGCCCGACAGCGCGGCCGAGGAGGCCAUGUACGUCGAGCACAAGAAGGCCGGAUUCUAUCACCAGGCCGUCGAUGGGGGCGCCUACGUCUCGCGCACCGCGGUAGUGUCGCCUCUGUCCCCACCGGUGAGCGAAGCGAACACGACUCUGGUCAGCAGCACGGACAAGUUCGACCGGAAAAACGCCCCCGUGCUACUGAUGCUGGUUGGGAUCCUUACCUGCGGAUUGGCCAUUUAUCUGUCCUGGACGCAGGAACGAAGGUACUAUUACGACAGCGCGGUGGGUUGCGGGGCGUUUUGCGCCCUGGCCGGUGCGAGUCGAAGUUUGCGCCGUACCUGGACGGGGCUUUGUCUGGCGGGUCUGUGCGUCGUGACGUGCGCCGGGCUCUUUCUCCUGUCUGCCAAGUCACCGAGGAUCGGCACCCCCCUGCACGACGUGACCGCGGGUGCGCUCUGCGGCGUGUCGCUCCUUGGUGCCGCACUCGCGUUCCUCGCUCUGCUCUCGCCCAGGUGUACCCUCGGUCGGCAUCACAGAGUCCACUCGUGGAUCCCGAGCUUUGCCGCUUGA